UACUACUCGUUCGUUGAAAAGUCCAAUUGAAUAAUUUAGUCAUUUAAAAUGUACCAGUAUUUUCAGCUCGUAUGUCUAGUUGCCGUGAUCGCGGUUGCCAUCGCUCAGUCGCACUAUGAGCAAGGACACGCGUAUUCCUCACAGAGCGUGGUGCUGCAUCAGAGUCACGGCUCCCAAAACGCGCCCGCGCAUCUUAACGCACCCAAACACCAGGAACACCAUGACGAGGUUGAGUAUUAUGCCAUACCCAAGUACACGUACGAGUACAAAGUGGAGGACCCGCACACGCACGACAGCAAGUACCAGCGCGAGACCCGCGACCACGACGUCGUCAAAGGCGAGUACAGUCUGCACCAGCCCGACGGCAGGAUCAGGAUCGUCAAAUACACCGCCGACAAAAAGAAUGGAUUCAACGCUGAAGUGAAAUACGAAGGCCAUGCCCAACACAUCGUGCCCGAGCUCCACCAAUAUCACUAAUCUAAUUCCAAUCUAGUCUCUUGUUUUAUCAUUAUUUUUUUUGUUAUGUGAUUAAGUAAAACGUUGUACCUCAA